GGUGGUGGCGGCGGCGGCGGCGGCGACAGCCUCCCCAGCAGCCUUGGAGCUUCUUUUGGGCGCUGCCCCCCAAGCUGUGUCCCUGGGACCCGGGGCGUGUCCUGGGGUCUCCCCGGGAGCUUGGGGCGGGGCGGCGCCUGAGAAGCUGGCUGGCUGGUAGCGGGGACGAACGCUGGAGGGGGCUGUAGCUCUCCCUCUCCCUCUUCUCUUCCCGGUCCUAGCUUCCCCUUCCCCCCACCCUCUCCAAGUUACCCCCUCCCCCCUCCGGAGGGGGCAGGCUUAGGGGCGGGGAGGUGCGGCGACCGCGGCGGUGGAGCUGCUGAGUUCAGUUCCCGCUCGCCGGCCGGGUCUACCGAAGGCUAACUAGUCUCUAGCGCCUUUGCAGCCGCCGUUCCUCCUUUGAAUUUUAUUUGGGGGGUGGGGAGGGAAAAGGGGGCGGGGAAGGAAAGAAGCACAGCCACCGCCUCUCCGGUUUCUCGCGUGCAAAUGGUGUUUGCCUAGGCGUCGAGUCGGACAUGGCGACCCUGAGCCCGCUACCUUCCCUCUCCUUCUCCCCUCGUCUUUCGUCCUACUGCUCCUCCCCUUCUCCUCCAUCCCCGGGAGCCCUUUAAUGGCUCGGACCUCCGCCGGCCCCUGCCAGCUCUACUUGCGCGCCGGAGACGGGAGCCACCAGUGCCCGGGAGUAUUAAUAGAAAGCAGCCGCCGCAGCCCCAGCUCGGGAGCCGUGCGAGCAGCAGCAACAGCAGCAGCAGCAGCAGCAGCAGCAGCAGCAGCAGCCUCCCUCAGCAGCCCGGGGCCCGCGGCGCGGGGGAGGAGGGGGAGGAGGAGGAGGAAAAGGAGGAAAGGCGGGGGGAGCAGCGAGAGCCCGAGCCCCGGACGUCGGGAGAGCCGCGGCAGCUCCUGCCCCAGCCCGAGUCCCAGCCCCAGCCCCAGUCCCGAGACGUGGAGAUAUUAUAGGCUAUUUUAAACAUGGGUGAAAUAGAGCAAAAGCCAACCCCAGGAUCACGGUUAGGAGCUCCUGAGAAUGCUGGGAUCAGUACAUUGGAGCAUGGACAGAAGUUGCCCACAGCACCACCAGGAAAACUUAUUUCCAUUAAAAUUCAGAUGCUGGAUGAUACCCAGGAAGCAUUUGAAGUUCCACAACGAGCUCCAGGGAAAGUGUUGCUGGAUGCAGUUUGCAACCACCUAAACCUCGUUGAAGGAGAUUAUUUUGGUCUUGAGUUUCCAGAUCAUAAAAAGAUCACGGUAUGGCUGGAUCUUUUAAAACCUAUUGUGAAACAGAUCAGAAGACCAAAACAUGUUGUUGUUAAAUUUGUGGUAAAAUUCUUUCCACCUGACCAUGCUCAACUUCAAGAAGAACUUACAAGGUACCUCUUUGCUCUGCAGGUGAAGCAGGACCUGGCUCAGGGCAGGUUAACAUGUAAUGAAACCAGUGCUGCACUUUUGAUCUCACACAUUGUGCAAUCUGAGAUUGGGGAUUUUGAUGAAACAGUAGAUCGGGAGCACUUAGCAAAGAACAAGUACAUACCUCAGCAAGAUGCACUAGAAGACAAAAUUGUGGAAUUUCACCACAACCACAUUGGACAAACACCAGCAGAAUCAGAUUUCCAGCUCCUGGAGAUUGCCCGCCGCCUGGAGAUGUAUGGAAUCCGGUUGCACCCAGCAAAGGACAGGGAAGGUACUAAGAUCAACCUGGCUGUUGCUAACACAGGAAUUCUAGUGUUUCAGGGUUUUACUAAGAUCAAUGCCUUCAAUUGGGCUAAAGUGCGGAAGCUGAGCUUCAAAAGGAAACGUUUUCUCAUCAAGCUGCGCCCUGAUGCUAAUAGCUCAUACCAGGACACAUUGGAGUUCCUUAUGGCCAGUAGGGAUUUCUGCAAGUCCUUCUGGAAAAUAUGUGUGGAACAUCAUGCCUUUUUCAGACUUUUUGAAGAGCCUAAGCCAAAGCCAAAGCCAGUUCUCUUCACAAGAGGGUCAUCAUUUAGGUUCAGUGGUCGGACUCAGAAGCAGGUUCUUGAUUAUGUUAAAGAAGGAGGACAUAAGAAAGUUCCAUUUGAAAGGAAACACAGCAAGAUUCGGUCAAUCAGAAGCCUCUCUGCUCAGCCUUCAGAACAGAACUCAGAGGUGCCAAAACAAAGCUCAAGCUUCACCUAUGGGGAUGGUGCUGAUUCACCUGGGGCCCAGAGCUGCCACCAAGGGAAGGAACUGAAUAUUUCUGCAGAGGAACCUGAGCAACACAGGAGCCCAUCUCUGAAGAAGAGCCCCAAGGAUGGCCAGCAGGUUGAUGGUGUGGUGAUGGCAACGAUGGAGGAAGAGGAGGAGGUCGUUAAGGAUAGAACACGGCAGAGUAAUCCUCAGUCGCAGCAGCCGAGCACAGGCUCCCUGACUGGUAGUCCUCAUCUCUCAGAACUGUCAAUCAACUCUCAGGGAGGACCAACUGCAGCAAACAUGACCUUGUCUCCAAACUUGAGUCCUGAUACCAAGCAAUCAUCUCCAUUAGUCAGCCCACUGCUGAAUGACCAGACCUGUGCGAGGACAGAUGAUGAGGAAGAGGUCAGGAGAAAGAGAUUUCCAACUGACAAAGCCUAUUUCAUUGCUAAAGAAGUAUCUACCACUGAAAGGACCUAUUUGAAGGAUCUUGAAGUCAUCACUUCAUGGUUUCAGAGCACAGUGAGCAAGGAUGAAUCGAUGCCCGAAACCCUAAAAAGUCUCAUAUUCUCUAACUUCGAACCUUUGCACAAAUUUCAUAGCAGUUUUCUCAAGGAAAUUGAGCACAGACUUGCCCUUUGGGAAGGCCGCUCAAAUGCACAGAUGAAAGGAGAUUACCAAAGAAUUGGUGAUGUCAUGCUGAAAAACAUUCAAGGCAUGAAGCAACUGACAAGUCACCUGUGGAAGCACAACGAGGCUUUGGUAGAGCUGGAGAAUGGAAUCAAGAACUCCCGUCGACUGGAGAGCUUCUGUCGAGAAUUUGAGCUUCAGAAAGUCUGUUAUCUGCCUCUCAACACCUUCCUCCUUCGGCCUUUGCACAGGCUCAUGCACUAUAAGCAGAUCAUGGAGAGGCUGUGCAAGCAUUACCCCCCAAACCACUCCGAUUUCAGGGAUUGCAGAGCUGCGCUGGCAGAGAUUACAGAAAUGGUGGCGCAACUCCAUGGCACUAUGAUAAAGAUGGAGAAUUUCCAGAAGCUGCAUGAACUCAAGAAAGACCUGAUUGGCAUCGACAAUCUUGUGAUCCCGGGAAGGGAAUUCAUUCGCUUGGGCAGCCUCAGUAAGCUGUCUGGAAAAGGGCUCCAGCAACGUAUGUUUUUCUUGUUUAACGAUGUUUUGCUGUACACAAGUCGAGGGCUGACCGCCACCAAUCAGUUCAAAGUCCAUGGACAGCUCCCUCUGUAUGGCAUGACAAUAGAAAGAAGUGAAGAAGAAUGGGGGGUUCCUCAUUGUCUUACACUCUGUGGUCAACAUCAGUCCAUUAUUGUUGCAGCAAGUUCCCGAAUAGAGAUGGAAAAGUGGAUUGAGGAUAUACAGAUGGCAAUUGAUCUGGCAGAAAAAAGCAGUGGCCCUACCCCUGAAUUACUAGCAAGUAGUCCACCUGACAAUAAGUCCCCUGAUGAUGCCAUGGCUGACCAAGAAUCUGAGGAUGACCUCAGUGCUUCCCGCACCUCCCUCGAGAGGCAGUCUCCCCACCGGGGCAACACCAUGGUUCAUGUCUGCUGGCACCGAAACACCAGUGUCUCCAUGAUCGACUUUAGUAUUGCCGUGGAGAAUCAGUUGUCUGGGAACCUAUUACGGAAAUUCAAAAAUAGCAAUGGAUGGCAGAAGCUCUGGGUGGUGUUUACCAACUUCUGCCUGUUCUUCUACAAAUCACACCAGGACAAUCAUCCCUUAGCCAGUCUGCCUUUAUUAGGAUAUUCACUCACCAUUCCCUCGGAAGCCGAGAACAUCCACAAAGACUAUGUGUUCAAGCUACACUUCAAGUCCCACGUCUACUACUUCAGGGCUGAGAGUGAAUAUACGUUUGAAAGGUGGAUGGAGGUGAUCCGGAGUGCCACCACCUCAGCCUCCCGUGCUUGUGUUCUAAGUCACAAAGAAUCUCAUGUGUAUUGAUGGCUGAAACACCCACAUUUCUUGUUCUAGCAGUUGCUGCUUUUCUAAAGGACGUUUGAAGUUAUUUUCUUCUGUAUUAACGAAGCCUAGUGAAAUUAAAACAAGUGGUUUUGCAGCAACUCUUGUCUGUUCCAGCAAAACUGUUUUUAAUCUAGUCUUUUCAGCUGUCCCCACCCCAAUGGUAACAGAGCCCCACCACCUCCUGUCCCGUGUGGUAUUCUGUGGGUCCUUCUCUUGGUGUGCCGUUUUGUUUUUUAGCUUGUGCCAGUAUUAAAAUAUUGUUCUUAGAGUGCCAAAUGACAUUUCCUUUCCUCCAAGAUUGCACCUUAAAAAGCAGUACAAAUGUACCUGCCCCUUCCCAAUGAGAACGUGAUCCCAUGUGCAAGUGCUAUUUCUUCUUUUUCUUAUGAAAAAAAAAAAGAAAAAAGAAAAACUUUUUAUUGUUUUGAUCUGUAGACUGCUGGCUUUUUCACAGUGUCUGAUACAGACACAAUAGAAGCAGCCUUACAGUAAAGGUCGUUUUGAGAUUUCAUUUUUCAAUCUUUCUACUUUAUUAAUCAAGGAAUUCCUACUAAUUUUCUAUUGUUAUAAAAGUUUGCAGCACACAAACAAUAUUCCACUUUGGGGUUUCAUGUUAUAAUAACGAGCUACUUUAUGACAUUUAUCAGACCUUGGUGCAAGUUGACCAAAUUGUUUACUGUUAACUUUGGGAAGUGAUGACUAUUUGCAAAAUGUAGUUUGUUUUUUAAGAAGAAAUAAUGAAACAAAAGUCCAGUGCAAUAUUAUUUGGGCUAUAAAUGUACUGUGAAUGACGUGUACAAUGGGAAGAUAUUAAGCUGUGGUGUUUUGCUUUGUCUCACAAGCAUGAAAAUACCUGUAUGUCCUUAACCACGGGCCAUUUGUGACAUGUUAAGUUAUGAAGAGUGUUUUUUGUUGGCUUAAGUGGAUGCAGAAACACUAUAAAGUAAUGGUACUUGUUCCCCUUCCCCGGACUUUCAUUAACAUCUCCGUUCUAUUGAAAAGAAAGAAUCCCUUUAAAACAAAGUGAUGCUCUACCCCUUUGCCCUCUGGUCACGGGGAUUAACAGUAGUGUGACAGUUCGUGGGCUGGACUGCCAGUACCACAGGGAAAGCGGUGCCACCAGGAACUGCAUUUAGCACACUUCUAUUCCCGCUCCCUUUCCCUUCUUGGUUUUAAGGCCUCUUCUAACACAAGUCUACCAAACCACAGAGGAGCAGACAGCGGCUCAAUUAACACACUUCUCUCCCCUCCCCGCCAGCCAGGCUGAUGCUGCCUCCUGGAGGAUACGCAGGAAUGAGUUGUUGCUGGAGUACACAGACUUCAUGGAGCUGAAGCUGGCUUUGAUACAUAUGGAAACUGCAAUUUUGAAAUGGACUAGUAGCUUUAGACUUGUUAAAUCACUUGCCUUACAACAUGUACCAGAUGGUUUAAAGUACUAACAACAAAAGGGAAUAAAAAUACCUCACUCCACUGAGCAGGCUGCAGUCUGAAGGCGAGACCCCUUGUGCUUUUGUUCUUCCUCCUCCUCCCGCUCUGAUCCGAUCGGGGUGCGGCCAGCCACCCCCAGCCCGCUCCAUUCCCUGGACGGGGUGGGGGCUCACGGGGAGGAGUAGUCCACAGGGGGUUCUUGCUGGAUUCAGAGGGGGAUGGAGAUCUACUACUCAACAGUUAACCAGUCCCCAAAGGAGAGGAUAGAGAGGAGGACCACUUUUCGCAGUUUGCUGCUGCUUACCGGCAGACAUCUCCCUCCCUCAUGAAGCGAUGCUGCUGGAUAAACCCACAGGGCUAAAAAUGGCCAUUGGAACAGAGCCAAGGACUCGUGUGUUGAGAUUUUUUUGGUCCAAGGUAGUGACUGUCAGAGCCUGGGUUGGAACAAAGGUCUUCAACAAUGAAACCUUCUCUGAAUACAGAAAUGGCUCUCUGAAGUUGGAGUUCCUUAACUACCUCCCCCCACUUCAAAUAAAAGUGUUUGGCUGACAAA